AACCGAGGUGUUCCGCAACACAGACUCAGUCGGCUGAUAGAACUGACUGCACAUCUUGUAUUCCCACCGUCUCGUCGUGGUAAGUUGAAAUGAACAGAGCUAUGGCAGCGUUAAUCGCCCAACGGUAAUUAUCCUGGCCUCAGGCAUCAGAAGCCGAGAUUGGUAGCCGCAGUAUCAAGUUGACCCUACGAUGUACAACCUGCACUCGCAAGCUAGGUCUCUUGACCAAGGUCAGUACUAUAAGAAUCAAUAGACUAGAACGAAGGGACCCAAUCCAUAAGCCACACACUCUAUAUCAAACGUUGGUUGCCUCCUAGACUUAAGCUAGCAUUUUUCGAACGUAGCUGACCGUCCAAAGCUUCUCGCUUGCUAGAUAACAACUUAUACUGACAAUAUGAGGGCGUUUCGGAACUUAUGCCUUAUCCUCUUCUCCAUAACACACGUUUGGUCUAGAACCAGCAACGGCCAUCAAGAUGGGACGAUUCACCCGAACACUCACCCGGCAUGCAUAUCCUAUGAGACGGCUUUGAAUAAGCUCUACGAUUGUAAUUACUUUGAGAGCUACUGGGGAUUAUCCCACGACGAUUUUAUCAAAUGGAACCCUUCAGUCAAACACGAUUGCAGUGGUAUUAAAAUUGGCCACUCAUACUGUGUUAAGGUCAGACAUGACCAAUCGGUCUCUGCAUCUAUCUCCAUCUCGACCACUGCAACAGUAACUCCUCCGCCUUCGACUGUAGAGAAGGGGCUCAUGACAAACCAAACCACAAUAGCGGUUUCGGCGCCUCCUAGCCCAACCCUCACGCAGGCGGGCAUCAUGAAGGAUUGCAAUAUUUACUAUCGGGCAGUAGCCGGCGAUACCUGUUCCAAAAUUAUUUCCAAGUAUAAGAUAUCGGACCCAGCCCAGUUCAUGAAGUGGAAUCCAGCCGUAGGGGUCAACUGCUCCGGGCUAAGCGCAGAUUACUACUAUUGUGUUGGAAUCAAAGACACGUCUAGCACAUAUACUAGGCCCCCAUAUAUAACAACGGCGAUUCCUCCAGGCUGUAUAAGAGUACAUCCUACGCCCACCCAACCUGGGUCCAUAUGCAAGUGCAAAUCAUGGCAUCAGGUUAAUUCGGAGGAUACGUGCGCGAAUAUCGAGGCGCGGUAUAAGAUCACAGCGGAGCAGUUUAAUAAAUGGAACCCACUGGUCGGGCCUAAGUGUAAGUUACUAUGGGAGGGAUACAACGUAUGCGUCGGUGUGUAGCGAGCCAAAUCGUCGUACGGAGUAAUUAGCAACGGAACUUGUUUUUUUUU